CUAUGGCUGCUUUGAAUAAAGUUUCAAAUGAAAUGUCAUUAGAAACUACAAUUUUCUGCACACGUAAUGUUGUAUUGCAUGUUCGUACCUUACCAACCGGAACACUGACAGAGUGACACAAUUUUGCAGCUAAAUUAAGACAUAUGAUCCCAACACUAUUGAAACAGAGCAAUAGUCUGUUUCUUUUGGGUUUUUUACAAAUUUGACAGUCGUCUGAAUCACAACUCUAACAGUAACAGCGUUUCAUUAAAAAAAAAAAACCCAAAAAACCCCUCAAGAUUCUAUCUUUCAUGAGAAAUUCUGUCAUCUUUAAAGUGGGAAAAUAUGGUUCUCGGUCCUGGCAUUGAAAAAACUGAGCGUCAGUUACGGGUAAAAAGUCGGCAGGGUACACGCAUGCGUGUUGUGAGAGAGUUGUACCUAAGAGAUGAUGUACCUUGUGGGAGUCCACGAUGUCUGGCUGACUGCAGACCAUACUCAGAUAAACUCUGCAAACUGCCUGAUGAUGUCACACACUAUCUUGUCCCAGACUGCCAAGUUGCCAGGGAUUAUCUGGAGAUACUAGAAGCACCUGAAGUACAAGGCAUUAUCCUCACUCAGACUGCUGUUAAUUUUGUGCAGUUUGAAGGGAGUAAGCGUCUGUUUAUGCGUCUGAAGGACCUGGUGAAUGAUCAGAGAAAGGGGUCGGUUAUCUUCAACAACGAGUUCCAGAAAUACGCAUACUGUGAGAGGGAACCAGGCGAGGCUUUCAACGAAUGGCAGUGCAGAAGCACCUAUCAGACAUGUUUGUGGUACUACAAUCACCUAGCUGGUCAGAUUCCAGUUGUCAUGGUUACACAGAGUGAACAGGCUGUUAAAGAGUACAGCAACAAGACACUGAAUGUGUUUGUGAUGCCCAUGAAGGAUUACCUGAAUAGCUUUUGGUCGACCUUGACUGGUAUCAUAGAUCUUUACGAUUCGCUAUCUGCAGCUCUUAAGACAAAAAAUAAAGAGCGAGACUAUGCCGGGUAUUUACCAGUGGAUGUGUUGGAAGCAGGUGUUAAGUCCGGCCGGUUUAUCCGCGGAACUCUGAAUGUGAAUAAACACAGCGCCAUGAUGGAGGCCUUCGUGAAGAGAUCAGAAAGUGACCUAAAAGACGAGACCGAUUCUGAUGUGUUGAUCUCUGGUCAGUCAUCACGUAACCGCGCGGUUCACGGAGACUUGGUGGUUGUAGAAGUCUUACCUCGCAGUCAGUGGAGGGGCCGGUCCAUGGACAUCAAGCAAGAAGAAGACACCUCUGGAGUAAAAUCCGAAGAUGCUGUCAGCCAUGAGGAAGAUGUUGGAGUGAAGGUGAUGCCGACAGGAGUCGUGGUUGGAAUUCUACAGAGGAACUGGAGAGACUACGUUGUCUCCUUCGCAGCCGACCAGGGAAGUCAGAUGAAUACCAACCUGGCAGGCAAGGUUAUUGUUAUUCCCUGGGAUUACCGGACUCCGAAAAUACGCAUCAGCACACGACAGGUGGAAAGUCUUCGAGAUCAAAGGUUUAUUGUGCGAAUUGACUCGUGGGGAGUGGAUUCCCAGUAUCCAAACGGACACUUUGUCCGCAGUCUCGGUAAGAUUGGUGACCUGGAGACAGAGAUAGCUGCUUUACUGGUUGAGAAUGACAUCAGUGUCCCUCCUUUUACUGAUGGCCAGCUGAAGGAACUACCAGCAGACACACCUGACAAUCCCUGGCAUAUGGCCGACGAAGAAAUCUGUUCUCGUUGUGAUUUGAGAGAUUCCCACCUCAUCUUCAGUAUCGACCCUAAAGGAUGUGAGGAUGUUGACGACACCCUGUCUGUCAGGAAGCUUCCCAAUGGUAAUUAUGAACUUGGAGUUCACAUAGCUGACGUGACUCACUUCGUGAAGCCAGGAUCGCUGUCAGACAUGGAGGCGAGAUCGCGGGCUACGUCUGUGUACCUCGCCGACCGCAGAUACGACAUGCUUCCAGCCGUGCUCAGUGCCAAUCUGUGUUCUCUCGUCAGUGGAGUCGACAGAUAUGCCGUCAGUGUGAUAUGGGAGAUAUCACCCAAUUACGAGGUUCUACAAGUUCAGUACAAACGUUCAGUGAUCAGGUCUCAGUACAAAUUAUAUUAUGAGCUUGCUCAAGCGAUCCAUGACGGGAUGUCUGAUACAGAGGUGAUCUCCAACAUUCCAGAGCUGGCGAAUCUCUCAACAGAUAAACAACAACAGAGAGUGGCUGAUCUGCGGUGGUCAGUGUGUAAACUGAUGGAGAUAGCCCGAGGACUGAAGUCAAGACGGGUAGCCAGUGGAGCCCUGGAGUUGGAGAGUUCUGAGGUUACUGUGGAGAUGGAUGACAAGAAUCAGAUAGAGGAUCUCACUCCAAAGGAUCAUAUGGAGAUCCAUGACACUAUUGCGGAAUGUAUGAUCUUCGCCAAUCACUGGGUGGCCAGGAAGAUUGUGGAGACCUUCCCCAACCAUGCACUGUUACGACAUCAUCCGUUGCCACGUGAAGAUCAUUUCUCUAACCUGAUCAACUGCGCUGCAGCUCGAGGUUAUUCAAUCGAUGUGACAUCCAACAGAGCGCUGGCCAAGUCGCUUGACCAGUGUGUCGAUCCCACGGACAGCGUGGUCAACAAGUUACUGCGAUCUCUCGCGACUCAAGCGAUGUCCAACGCAGCAUACUUCUCUACGGGCUCCCUUUCCAGAGACCAGUUCUUCCACUACGGUCUCGCUCUCGACUUGUACACACAUUUCACGUCGCCCAUCAGACGAUACGCAGACAUCAUUGUGCAUCGACAGUUGUUGGCUGCUAUGCAGAUUGAUGAGCUGACUGGACUACCUAACAACAAGGAAGUACAUGAGUUAAGCAACCACAUCAAUAUCAAACAUCGGGCUGCUCAGAAUGCACAGCGCGACUCUCAGGAGCUGUUCCAGUCUCUGUUUUUCCGUGACAAGUCUCCAGAUGAUGAAACUUGUGUUGUGGAUGCUGUCAUCUUUCAGCUCAGAACCAAUGGGAUGCUAGUCUAUAUUCCAAGAUAUGGUAUCAAAGGUCCGGUGUACCUGAGAGACAAGGAAGGUCUUGUCGUCUUCUUACUGGACAGAUGUACUCCUGAGUGGACGACCGGACAGCUGGACAGAACUGAUCGUGACAUCACAGUCUCCUGCCAGUACGGUUCGCAGUCCUACUCCUUGUUUGAUCAUAUCACAGUCAGAAUAUCCGAGUUGACCUCCAGAUCCCAUUCUUCGUGUUUGAAAUUUGAGCUGCUAUCAAACAAACCUCACUUUGAGGAGAGUUCCGAUUCUCAGCCAACAAGCAAGUCCAGCAAAACAGAUAUAAUAACGGAGGUUAGAAGUGCCGCCCAAGAAAAGCAGCUGGAGUUGCCUUCCUUUGACCUGGGGCCGAAAUUCCCUGCACUGAAAGCAGAAUACGGUCAGACUGCGGAGGAACUGAGCAUGUACACUGUAUUCGAGUCAUUUAAACAGAUAGGUUUAACAGCAACGUGACAUCUCUAGGGAGGACUGCAGAGGAACUGAGCAUGUACACUGUAUUCGAGUCAUUUAAACAUAGGUUUAACAGCAACGUGACAUCUCUAGGGAGGACUGCAGAGGAACGGAGCAUGUACACUGUAUUCGAGUCAUUUAAACAUAGGUUUAACAGCAACGUGACAUCUCUAGGGAGGACUGCAGAGGAACGGAGCAUGUACACUGUAUUCGAGUCAUUUAAACAUAGGUUUAACAGCAACGUGACAUCUCUAGGGAGGACUGCAGAGGAACGGAGCAUGUACACUGUAUUCGAGUCAUUUAAACAGAUAGGUUUAACAGCAACGUGACAUCUCUAGGGAGGAAAGGAAAGGAAUGUUUGUACUAUGACAAUGGAUAGAGAUUUCUGGUACUGAAAGCAGAAUAUAGCCAAACUGCGGAGGAACUGAGCAUGUACACUGUAUUCGAGUCAUUUAAACAGAUAGGUUUAACAGCAACGGGAAUGUUAACAUUCACCAGAGGAAAGGAAAGGAAUGUUUGUACUGUGACCGAGAUUCCGUGUAAACAAACGGGUCAGGACGUAGCCCAGUGGUAAAGCACUCACCUGAUGUGCAGUUGGUCUGUGAUCGAUCCAAGAUGGUGGACCAAUUGGGCCAUUUCUCAUUUCAUCCAGUGCUCCACAACUUGUGUAACAAAUGCCAUGGUAUGUACUAUCCUGUCUAGGAUUUCCCACAGACAGGAGAGCAUAUACCAUGAAUUUUAAUAUACUAAUCAUGGGUAACUGCCCAAGAUAGAUGGGGGAGGAUCUUUUCUAUAUGCUUUCCCACAGAUAACAGAGCAUAUAUCAUGGCUUUUAAUUUAUUAAUCAUGGGACACUGCCUAGGAUAGGUCAGGGAAAAAGAUCUUUUAUGUGUGCUUUCCCACAGAUAGGAUAGCAUAUACAGUGUCCUUUUAUAUACCGUACUAAUCAUUGGACAGGUGAGGGUCGGGAUAGAUUGAUUCAUCAAUGGUGAUCAGUCGUGCAUCCUUACCAGUGAGCUACAUUCCACCCAGUUAUUGAGAGCACAUCAGUGAAUUUUAAUGUGCAAAUCAUGCUAUAUAUAAUAGUUUUAAAAAAAUCUUUUAUAUUAUUUGUAAAUAUAUUAUUUUAUAUUUUAAAUACAUUUGUUUCAUAUGUUAUAUGUGCUUUUUAUUUAUAUUUGUAUAAUACUAUAAAUUAAAAUA